CAUAGUAAAUAUCGUGCGAAAAAACAAUUUGUAUGUAUAAAAAUUGUUGCUGUGUGCUGGGGAACUAGUUCGCUCCUAAUAGUGAGCAGGUUAGGUUAGGCUCUACCUGUACACAUUCGUAAGCAAUCGUAAGAUAGUGUACAGCGCCAGUCUCUCAGUGACUAACGUGGUGAAAGAUCAAACCAGUGUGUGACGGGUGUACGCUACUCUACAAUUCGGCACAAUACAGUACGGUACCAUCCGGACCUUAGUCAUUGUACCAUUUUUAAAGGAUAAUGUCGAAGAAACCUGGAGCUACUCAAGCCUUACACAAGGUCAUUAUGGUUGGAAGUGGAGGUGUAGGGAAAUCUGCUUUGACUCUACAGUUUAUGUAUGAUGAGUUUGUUGAAGAUUAUGAACCCACAAAGGCUGACUCAUAUAGGAAGAAGGUUGUUCUUGAUGGAGAGGAAGUACAAAUAGAUAUUUUAGAUACAGCAGGACAAGAAGAUUAUGCUGCUAUCAGAGAUAACUAUUUUCGUAGUGGCGAAGGAUUUCUCUGUGUAUUUUCCAUAACAGAAGAUGACAGUUUUCAGGCCACGCAGGAAUUUAGGGAACAAAUUCUUCGCGUAAAAAACGAUGAAAACAUUCCCUUCCUUUUGGUGGGGAACAAAAGCGAUCUUCAAGAAAAAAGAAAAGUCAGUUUAGCAGAUGCACAAGCCAGAUCGCAGCAAUGGGGUGUGCCUUAUGUCGAGACCAGUGCUAAAACGAGAGAGAAUGUGGACAAGGUAUUCUUUGACUUGAUGCGCGCAAUAGCAGCUCGCAAGGCACGGGAAAACCAGGGCGAGGGGGGCGAAAACAAGAAGAAAGCAAACUGCUGCAUUCUACUUUAACAAAAAGAUGGAAAACAAUAAACAGACAAUUAUCCGUAGCUUGUAACAGUGCUAAAAGCCACACUGACAUUAGAUUAAUGAAUUAAGAUGCGUAAUGCAAAUGGUCUUUUCUAAUAGACAACAAAUUUGUUCUUACGCUUUACAGUGACACGACGACAUUAUUCUCCAUGUUUAAAUUAAAUCUUCUCCCAUAAUAUCUUCAUUCGCAAGCAGAACCAAAUGAUUGUAUCUUUUUCAUCGACCUACUUCAGGUCAUUCUUACUUGAUACGAUUAGUCGGGUUUUAGCUAGAAUGUCACGAUUAAUAACCAGCGUGACUCAUAAUGGUGCUAUUAAGACUCGUCUUUGAUAAUUAAGACAGUUCCUUGUGCUAAUAUGUAAUGCAACGUUUCUCCCGUUGAAAGACUUGCCGUAAAAGCACGAGAAAAAAAUGUUCAUCGGAACGUAGAUGCUUCUACGAUUUUUAUACUUCUGCUUGUUGUCCCUAUUUAAUAGAAUUUUUGCAUAACGAGAAUAUCGUCUUGGCCACUGUAAAGCAACGAAGAGCGAAAGAAUAAUUGUACACGAGUAUUUAGCUUAAAUGCAUUCUAACGUCAUCAAGGAGUCUCUUACUCUGUUUUGGUCCAAUACGUAAAAGAAAAGAAGAAACAUACAAAAAAAUUGAUGUAAUCGCUAAAAAGUCAUUUCGUAUUAGCGAAUCAGAGAGAAUCAGUCAAAUAAUUGAAAAAGUCAAGUCACGUUUACUCAGCGAAUUAUUCUCGCAAUAGCUUAUAAACAAAGAGAACCACUGUUUUGCGUUAAGUACUCGUAAUCCUACGUUUUCUUUGAGGUAUUCUUAACUUGUAAGUUUCUUCACGAUUGUACACCAAGUAUUACAUUUUUGUUUCUAAUUGCCACUUAUAAAGCAACAAACUUACACCAAGUCCUGUGCGAUGAUACCCCUUGACGUAACAUUGUAUCAUUUUUCAUUGUGGAUAAAAUAGAUUUUCAAAAUUCGCUCCCAAACUUAUCCCUGUACAUUAAAAAGCUAUUGACAGUAAAGCAAAUCGUCGCUACAUGCCAAAUAGAAGUUUUUAACUUGAAAAUCUAGUUUAUUAAAAUGAUACAAUGAUUAUGUUAGACGGUCGAUAGACUUAACGUACUACGAUCACCACUUGCAUUCAGAAUAACAAAGAUGAGCCUCCGUGAGGCGCAUUUACAAUAGAAUCAAUUCAAAUAAUGGUCGUUCCAUUAUCUUUCAGGGUGUCAGGACUCGAAAAUUCGUUUUUUAAGACAUGGCUAGUAAACUCGUUGAAUGACAUUGUCCAUUUUUUAAAGAGCGAAUCAAACGACUGGUUAGUCCAAGUCCUAGGGCACCUACCAAAACCUAUUGUUGUAUAUUAAAGUAUCGUUGUCUAUGUUUACCAAUAUGCGUUCGACAGAGAAAGACCGAUACUCCAGAGUACAACAGAGAAAGAUUUUGGAACUAGUCGUCGUUCGUCGAAUGAUUUGAGAGGGUCGAUGCGAUUACAAAGAAGAAGAAGAAUAAAAGGGAGAAACGUAGAAAAUAUAAAGGAGAGCAAAAAAUAGCGCAAGAUAGUGUUUCGAGAUUGAUCGUAAGCGAAAGUACACCUCUCGUAGGGACAUAGCUAAUAUGGCUAUGUUGGUAACAGCUUCUCUGCAAAGUACGUACAUCUGAUCGUAAUUGGUUUUUAUAUUUUUCUACUGUCGCAACUGGUACGUGCCUUUUUAAGUGUUACAAAUUCUGGAAGCUUUAUCGGUUUAAAAGUGUUAGGCCUCUAUCCUACUUACGUAACAAUGUGUAAUCAGAUAUUUACCUAUUACUUCAUAAAUUCGUAUGUUUUCCGAGUGUCUACGUGUGGUUGGAAUUUACAUGUUUUUAACAAAGCUCUGCCAUCUUUUGAGAUAUGAAUUUUCUAGAUUAUUCGAGCAUUGUCCCUGGACAAUUAAAUUCCAUCGAUACGAAACUCUAAGAACGUAAUACCUACGAGUCAUUGAUAAUUAUAUUGUAUAAAAGAACGAGAAGUCAAUCAUGCAUUGACAUGCAUCUUACUCGAGUUAUUCUUUUUUUUGUCAUUAGGAAAAUUUUUAUCUAGAAAGAAUUUUUUCAUACGCGUAAUUAAAUGGCAUUUUUUUAUAACAUCGAAAUGCUCCAAGAAUCCUUAAGGUCGAUAAAACAUUUUUUACAAAUUUUUAUUCUAAUUCCAAUCAUUUGAUUUUUGUAUAUGCAUUCCCACGGCUACUUUGAAAUACUUUACGCGGCGAACCCCUUAGGAGUGUGAUUGAUCGUUGAAUGAAUGAAAGUGCAGUACCAAUUUAAAAAAAAAAAAACAGGGCUUGAGAACAUUGUAAUAUAAGUUAUGUACGUUUAAUACGAAUACGAGUAUGUUUACGAUAA